AUGGAAAAGGGUACUGAAAAAGUACACCCGACCGCGUCCACUUAUGCUAUCAUGCUGCUAGCAUGGAGACGUUUCAAUCCCGAGUCUGACACACCUGUCCACCUCUCCAACAUGCCAAACCCAACAACACUCCUUAGUAACCUCAUAGAGCGUGACAUCUCACCCACAACAGUCGUCGCCGAUCGCGUUUUAUCAUCAUCCGAAGAAGCUUCUGACAUCAUAAAAUUCCUUUCCAAAGCCGCGGUAGAGCUUAAUCUCCCUCGUGUGUUGGCUGAACUCGGUCAGGCAGAAUCGCUCGGAAGUCACGUCCCAGACCCAUUGGAGGAUGUCCCAGAGGUCAAGCCUGUCACGCGACUCGCCACGCCCUCUGAGGAAAUUCUGGACGAGGACGGCAACGUAAUGCCAGCGGAGGCAAAGGAAGAAGUUCCCUUCAACCUCAACAACCUCCGCAACCACUUGGCUCAGGUCACUCUUGCACGACGCGUCCUCCCAGAAGACCUAGCUUCCCGACAAAAACUCCUGGAAGAAUCCGUCUACGACGUUGCGGUGGAACGCCUCCGACAUGAAGCCAAACUUUUCGACGACCUAGGUCUAGGCAACCGCGAACUCCAUCGCGCAGAUUUGCAAAAAUGGAUGUGGGACUGGCACCAAAAACUCAAGACGCGUCUCGAGGCCGAAAUAAAGGGGAUCAUAGCUGCAGAGGCCAAAAUUGCUUCAACCAAGAAAGUACCCCGAAUGGGCCCCUUCCUCUCCCUCGUCAAGCCCGAGAAGCUCUCCCUAAUCACUAUCCUCGAGAUCAUGCGCCUCCAAGGCAGUGGUGGCGUCUCAGAUGGCAUGAAAACUGCCCGUGCGCUGCUCACUGUCGGGCGCGCCGUCGAAAAUGAGUACAAAGCUGAGAUGUGCAAACGCAACAAUAUCGCCAUCCCCUCGCACGCGCGGCCGAACGAGUUCACAGGUUAUUUCACGGGCCUUGGGUACCGGGACUUGCAUGCGCGCCGGGUGACGGCUGCAAAGUACAUGGAGGACAGCGAGGACUGGACAUCAGAGUGGACUCAGCUGCUUAGGGUACGCGUCGGGAGUAUCCUCGUAGACUGUCUCAUGGACUCGGCGACGAUCGAGCGGACUGCUGUGGAUAAGCGCACCAACGAGGAGCUAAAAGAGAAUCAACCCGCGUUCUACCAUGCAUACGAAUAUGUGCGCGGGCAGAAGCUUGGUGUCAUCCGGUUGAACCCCGUGGUCUCAGAACGCAUCGCAAAAGAUGGCCUGCGCGAAACGCUUCACCCGCGUCAUCUGCCCAUGCUUGUCAAGCCCAAGCCGUGGCUCAACCACGACCAAGGCGGAUAUCUCUACAAUCGAUCUGCCGCCAUGCGCUUCAAAGACUGCCAAGAACAACAAACCUACCUCGAGCAUGCAUCCGCACUCGGUAACGUCGAGCUCGUGUUCGCAGGACUCGACGUUCUCGGUAGUACACCCUGGAAAGUCAACCGCAACAUCUUCGAUGUCGUGCUCAAAGUCUGGAAUUCUGGUGAACGGCUGUGCAAGAUCCCCCCUGCAGUAUUCGACCAGCCAGAGCCUGAAAAGCCCCCGAACAUGAACGCGGAUAUCAAAGCCAAGAGCGUGUACGGAACUCGUCUGAAGGCUUUUAUGCAGGAGAGAGCGAAUAACCAUUCUGAUCGGUGUAGCGUCAACUAUAAGAUCGAGAUCGCGCGCGCUUUUCUGGGCGAUACGAUGUAUCUCCCUCACAACCUCGAUUUUCGAGGACGCGCGUACCCCAUUCCUCCCCAUUUCAACCAUAUCGGGGAUGACCUCAGUCGUGGGCUGCUCAUGUUCGGUGAUGCGCAGCCCCUCGGUGAACAAGGCUUGCGGUGGCUUAAAAUCCACCUUGCAAACCUGUACGGGUUCGACAAGGGGAACUUUGACGAGCGGGUCAAGUUUGUGAUGGAUCAUCUUGAGGAUGUGUAUGAUAGCGCUGAAAAGCCUCUCGAUGGUAGCAGGUGGUGGACAAAAGCUGAUGAUCCAUGGCAAUGUCUCGCGACGUGCAUGGAGCUACGCGCAGCGCUCGAAUCAGGCGAUCCGCAUGCAUACAUGUCGUCCCUCCCGGUACAUCAGGACGGGACGUGUAACGGGCUCCAGCAUUACGCCGCUCUUGGUGGUGAUGUCAAAGGCGCUGCGCAAGUCAAUCUCAGUGUGACGGACCGCCCGUCGGACGUGUACACCUACGUUGCAAACAUGGUGGAGCGGCUGCUUGAGGAAGAUGUGAAAAGGGGCGACAAGUAUGCGAUCAUGCUUGCUGGCCGGGUUUCGAGGAAGGUGGUUAAACAGACUGUGAUGACUACUGUUUAUGGUGUGACUUAUAUUGGCGCUCGUGAGCAGAUCGAGAGACAGCUUAAGGAUAGGAAGGAUAUUCCUGAGGAGGAGUGUUGGGGUGCUAGCGCUUAUCUUGCCAAGAAGGUGCUCUCUUGCAUCGGUGAUCUAUUCUCAGGAGCCAAAGCCAUUCAAGUCUGGCUGAACCUCUGUGCCCGCCUCAUCUCCAAAUCCAUCCCAGCCGAGCGCGUUCCAGACGCAUUACAAUCUCCCAAAGGACGUAAGAAGAACGGUUCUUCCCUCCCCAAGAACCGUAUCAGGAAAGAACAAAUGUCGUCCGUCGUGUGGACGACGCCUCUAGGUCUCCCUAUCGUACAGCCCUACCGCAAGACGAAGCGAAAGCAGGUCAUGACAGCCAUUCAGAGCGUGUUCAUCUCCGACCCUAACGCGCCUGCUGAAGUGAAUGCUGUGAAGCAAGCGUCGGCGUUCCCGCCCAAUUUUAUUCAUAGUCUUGAUGCUACGCAUAUGAUGUUGACUGCUCUCGAAUGUCGCACCCAAGGCUUAACUUUUGCGUCCGUGCAUGAUUCUUAUUGGACGCAUGCUAGCAGCAUCGACAAGAUGUCUGAAAUUAUCCGAGACACUUUCAUCGCCUUGCAUUCCUCGGACGUCCUUGAGAAAUUGGCUACGGAGUUCCGCACCCGAUACGCAUCCCACAAGGUUCCUUUGGCAUCGCUCCGCAGUGGUAAGCUGUUGAAGAACCUCCAAGGCGCAGGCGUGCGUAUCGUAGCUUCGUCCGAACAGGCAGCUGCGCUCCGUGAAGGCGGGUUCACGUCGUUUGACAGCAUUAUGGAUGUCUCAGACGAAGAAGCUGGGUCCAUCGCCCAGAUGUCCCAGGCAUCGGAGCCUCAGUCGCAGACUGAGACUCCAGUGACUGAGGUUCCGAGUCCCAAGCCCACGUCAAGCAAACGCGGACGGCCCGUCAAAAACGUGAUCAUCAUCGAAGGGAAGAACGAUUUUUCAACUGUUACGGAGCAUGAGGAAGGAGACGAGGACAGCGCAGGCGAGGACGACGCUGAUUCGCUUCUGGUGGAUAAAUUCGUUGAUUUGAGCGCUGUGCUUCCACCUCUUCCGAAGAAGGGCGAUUUUGAUGUGGAGACAAUCAAGAAGUCGCAGUACUUUUUUUCAUGA